AUGAGUACUGACCUCAUGGCCAGUCAGAAGAAAAAGUCUGAACUGAAGAAUUUUUGUUCCAGAAAUAUACUGAUCAUCCUUGGCUUCUCCUCUAUUAUGGCUGUGAUUUCUUUGAUUGCUGUGGGGCUGACCCAGAACAAAACAUUGCCAGAAAAUGUUAAGUACGGGAUUGUGCUCGACGCAGGCUCUUCUCACACAAGUUUGUACAUCUAUAAGUGGCCAGCAGAAAAGGAGAAUGACACGGGGGUGGUGCGUCAGAUAACAGAGUGCAAGCUGAGAGGUCCUGGAAUCUCAAGAUAUGCUCAAAAAUUAAGUGAAAUAGACAUUUAUCUGACUGCAUGCAUGAUAAGAGCCACUCAAGUGGUUCCAAAGUCCCAGCACCAGGAGACCCCCGUUUACCUGGGAGCUACGGCAGGCAUGCGCUUGCUCAGGAUAGAAAAUGAACAGUUGGCAGACAAGGUCCUGGCUGCGGUGGCGAGGAGCCUCAGCAAUUACCACUUUGAUUUCCAGGGUGCCAGAAUCAUCACCGGCCAAGAGGAGGGGGCCUACGGCUGGAUUACUAUCAACUAUCUGCUGGGCAAAUUCACGCAGAAAUUGAGUUGGCUCAACCUGAAACCAAAUGAAGACAGUGCUCUUGAAACCUACGGGGCUUUAGACCUUGGGGGAGCCUCUACACAAAUCACUUUUGUGCCCCCAAACAAGAAGAUCGAGUCUCCAAGCAAUGCUCUGCACUUCCGCCUUUAUGGCAGGGACUACAGCGUGUACACACACAGCUUCUUGUGCUAUGGGAAGGAUCAAGCACUCAGGCAGAAACUGGCCAAGGACAUUCAGGUUGGUACAAACGGAAUCCUCAGGGACCCAUGCUUUCACCCUGGAUACGAGACAGUAAUGAAUGUAAGUGAUCUCUACAGUAGCCCCUGCACCAAGAGAUUUGAGAUGACUCUUCCAUUCGAUCAGUUUCAAAUUCAGGGCACUGGAAACUAUCAACAAUGCCGGCAAAGCAUUCUUCAACUCUUCAACACCAGUUACUGCCCUUACUCCCACUGUUCCUUCAAUGGGAUUUUCUUGCCACCACUUCACGGGGAUUUUGGGGCAUUUUCGGCUUAUUACUAUGUGAUGGAAUUUUUAAACUUUACCUCAGAGGAAACCCCCUCGCAGGAAAAGAUGACAGAGACUAUGGAAAAGUUCUGCUCUCAGCCUUGGGAGGAGCUGAAGACCUCUUUUGGUGACGUGAAGGAGAAGUACCUGAGUGAAUACUGCUUUUCCGGAGCCUACAUCCUAUCUCUCCUUCUGAGUGGCUAUCAUUUCACAGCUGAUUCCUGGAAGAAUAUUCAUUUCAUGGGCAAGAUCCAGAGCAGCAAUGUCGGGUGGACUCUGGGCUACAUGCUGAACCUGACCAACAUGAUCCCAGCUGAGCAGCCGUUGUCCACACCUCUUUCCCACUCCACCUAUGUCUUCCUCAUGGUCCUCUUCUCCCUGAUCCUGGUUGCAGUGGCCAUUGUUGGUUUGUUUAUCUUUCACAAGCCUUCAUAUUUCUGGAAAGACAUGGUAUAG